AUGCCGAGAAGGGAGAAACGCUCUCAGCAGCGCCGCUGCGCGCCUCUCGGCCAAGCCCCGGGGGUGCGGGUGACUCGCCCUCGGGACUCCUGCAAAAGGAGGAAGGAGCCGGUGUGCUCUGGCGUUGGCGCUCCCUUCUCUCCAGCAGCUUGCGCAGGAGCUCUGCGCAGCGACCACCGAUCGCCUCCUCUUGGGGUCUGUCUGCGAGCCUGCCUCGCACCUGACCCUCCUCCUCCUCCACCGCAGUUCGACGCCGAGUUUCGCCGCUUUGCCGUGAAGCGCUCCAGCGUGGGCAGCUUCCAGGACUUCUACCGCCUGCUGCAGACCGUGCACCAGAUCCCCCGCGUGGACGUGCUGCUGGGCUACACGGACGUCCACGGCGACUUGCUGCCCAUCAACAACGAUGACAACUACCACAAGGCCCUGUCCUCCGCAAGCCCCCUCCUCAGGGUCAUCAUCCAGAAAAAAGAGUCCGAUGCCAGCGUCUUCGCCUCCAACUCCUUGCAGCGGAAGAAGAAGGGGCUGCUGCGCCCCGCACACUACCGGGCCAAGCCUCACCUCCUCAUCGGCAUGCCUCAGGACUUCCGGCAGAUCUCAUCCAUCAUCGACGUGGACAUCCUGCCCGAGACCCACCGCCGCGUCCGGCUACACAAGCACGGCUCUGACAAGCCGCUGGGCUUCUACAUCCGCGAUGGGGUCAGCGUGCGCGUGGCCCCGCAGGGUGUUGAGAAGGUGCCUGGCAUCUUCAUCUCCCGCCUGGUGAAGGGUGGCUUGGCAGAGAGCACGGGGCUGCUGGCCGUGAGUGACGAGAUCCUGGAGGUCAAUGGCAUCGACGUGGCUGGCAAGUCCCUGGACCAGGUGACGGACAUGAUGGUGGCCAACAGCCACAACCUCAUCAUCACUGUCAAGCCGGCCAACCAGCGCAACAAUGUCAUCCGCAGCAGCAAGGCCUCAGGCAGUUCGGGCAUGUCCACGGACAGCACCCCCAGCCAGCAGACGCCCAGCCCGGCCUCGCAGUACUUGAGCAACUACAGCACGGCUGAGAGCGACGAGGAGGGCGACCUUGUCAUCGAGAGCGACAGCACGCCUCACUACAUCCCCAGCAGCUGCCCCAACGGGGGCCCUGCCCACAGACCCCUCCAGCGGAGCCUGUCCCCACACAGCUCGCGGGGCUCCCUGCAGUCGCUCGGCACCAACUGCGUGCUCAGGAUAGCUUAG